CUUUGUCAGUUCAUUUGUCCGAAAACCAUUCUUUUUCUUCUUCAUGAUGCGAAACCCUAGCUCUCUAAAGAAACCAUCUCCGCCAUGAGCUCCACCUAACCCAUUCAGCUCUGACAGCUCUCCGAUGAUUAAGCUUCAGUUCCAUCUCCUUGACCUUUACCAGUCGAACCACUCAGCUCCACCACCGAGUUAAGAUGCUGACAAAACCCAAAUGACCGAAGAUCUUCAACAAUCUUCUGGAUGCGUCCAAUCGAUUUACCCGAUCCUCCACAUACUCAGAGUAACCAAAACCGACAAAGACACCUCAAGCUCCACCGCACCUUAUCAGGCGAGGAUCUUGGCCAGCUCCAGACAUCUUUGAAACGUUGGACCAGAGAAGAGACCCAUUUCGAAAGAGCACACGAUAAACAAGUGUAGCGUAGAAGCAGAGGAGGACGAAAAAGGUUUCUAUCGUGCGAAAAAAGGUUAGCAUAUGAUGAAGACUGUUCGGUUUUCUGAAUUGUGAUAAAGACAACAAAAAAAGAAGAAGAAGAGACAUGGGAGGUUGCUGUUGUUGUUCUUCACGAAGAGCUGUUCUUGAUAAUGGACCUCCCUACUAUUACUAUCCGAGAGCAACAGAAGAGCGUGUUCCUUUAUCUUCCGCUCAAACACUCUCCUCUGGUGUUGUCGUGGUAGACACAAACUUAGAGACUUCAUCUCCCGAUGCUUAUAUACCACCACCACUGCCUACUCCUUUCCAUGUGGCCAUUGGUGUUCCUCAGCCACCAGGAAACGCUGAAGAGUCUGCUUGUGUUGUUGAUAUUAGAGAAGUUUCAGUGGAAACCGCUAAUACUGAGCCUUCUCAAGAAACAGUCGACGGUAUCAUUCUCGGGGUUCCAACUACAUGCCCGUGUGAAAGCAAAUUCCAAACAGAGAUUGAUCUUGAAUCUACUGAAGAUUUAGACCCCAAGAAGCUAUCAAAAGACGUCUUUGUACCAAUAGAGGAAGAGGAGGAUUGUCCCAUAUGUUUGGAAGAAUAUGAUAUGGAUAACCCGAAACUUGUAGCCAAAUGUGAGCACCAUUUUCACCUGGCUUGCAUUCUAGAAUGGAUGGAGAGAAGUGAAACUUGCCCCGUCUGCAACAAGGAAAUGGUGUUCGACUCUCCCCUCGACUAGCAACCUGCAAGUACCAUCAUAGCUUACAAGACUCGUUUCGGCUCUUAAUCCGAACAAAGAAAAAGAUAGAUGGUAAGAGAAUACACUAGAGUAACGUUCUUGAUUCACAAGUCGCAUAUUCACAUCAGUGGCCAUAUACAUAGAUGCUUUGUACAGACAUUUUAAGUCUUCUACAGAAAAAGAAUAUUAAGAUAAGAAUUUAGGGGUUUGAUUAUGCCUUAAGAUCCGCUUCUGUGAAUAACAACAAAAAAACGAAGCUCUUGUAUUGUGAUUUUGUUCAUCCUUGUUUUUCUUAGAGGUUCUUUUAGGCGCUA